CCGCUAUGCAAACUCUUCUUUAGCCCUUCAAAUUCCACCCUUUUUGAUCAACUAAGCCUUUCAGUUUAUGAAAAACUAAACCCCUCGCCAUCCCUUCUAAGCAAAGCAGGGAAUGAAUGGAGAGAAGGAUAGCGUCGAGAUCGAUGCGAAUCUGUCUCCGAACUCCGUUCUACCCGAAUUCUGUAAAAGAUCAGAGAGUAAGGAGAGCUCCGCGCUGCGUAAAUGGAUUCGGGACGUGCGCGAAUUCGCCGUGGAGGACACAAACAGGGUGGCCUUCUCGCUGAAGGCGGGCCUCGCUAUGCUUCUCGUGUCGCUCCUCGUACUCAUAACUGCACCCUUUGAGAUCUUCGGCGCAAAUAUCAUCUGGUCUAUCCUCACGGUCGCUAUCAUGUUCGAAUACACCGUUGGCGCCACGCUCAACCGAGGGUUCAACAGAGCCGUCGGAAGUUUCAUAGCCGGAGUAUUUGCUGUAGUUGUGAUUCAGAUCACGUUGAACAGCGGCGACAAGGCGGCUCCAUACAUCAUUGGCCUUAGCAUAUUUCUCGUCGGUGCCGGAACAUCCUUCAUGAAGCUGUGGCCAUCUCUGGUCCCUUAUGAGUAUGGCUUCAGGGUCAUUCUCUUCACCUAUUGUCUCAUCAUCAUCUCCAGCUACCGCAUGGGGAAUCCGAUGAAGACCGCGAUGGACCGCCUCUACUCGAUCAGCAUCGGAGCAGUUGUCGCCGUGCUUGUGAAUGUUCUCAUUUUCCCGAUUUGGGCCGGCGAGCAACUGCACAAGGAGCUUGUUAGCAGCUUCAACACCGUUGCCGAUUCGCUUGAAGAAUGCAUGAGGAACUACCUAAGAGAUGGCGAAUCCGACCACCGCAAUUUCUCCAAGACCGUCGUCGACGAAUUCCCCGACGAGCAGGCGCUUCAACGAUGCCGGGCAACGUUGAACUCGUCGGCGAGGCUCGAUUCGUUGGCAAACUCUGCAAAAUGGGAGCCACCACAUGGGAGGUUUACGCAGUUAUUUUACCCGUGGUCGCAGUAUGUUAGAGUGGGAGCUGUGCUACGCCAUUGCGCCUAUGAAGUAAUGGCACUACAUGGUUGCUUGCAUUCGGAGAUUCAGGCUCCAUACAAUCUCCGUAUGGCAUUUCGUUCGGAGAUCGUCGACGCCGCCAUUCAUGCUGCGGAACUCCUCCGCGUGCUUGGAAGCGAUGUAAGCAACAUGAAGCACACUCUCCGAACACUAACCCUCCUAAAGAGCGUUCACACCUCCACCUAUCACCUCCAACACUCCAUGCAACUCCACUCCUACAUCCUCACCCCUACUCAACUACACCUCUUAGACUUAACCAAAAAACCAACCACAAAUACAUUCUCCAACACUCUCUCUUUAGGUGAUCAUGAACACUUGAGCUGUCAUGACCACAUCAUGAAGAAGCAAGAAAGGAGGCUCCAUUCGUGGCCGUCAAUAGAGGUGGAUGAACUGGAAGAGGAUGGAGGGAUUGACACCGAGAUGAUACCGAAAAUGCGCACGUUAGAGAGCACCACGGCGCUCUCGCUUGCCACUUUUACUUCUCUUCUCAUCGAGUUCGUCGCGCGGCUCGAUUGGUUGGUUGAUGCAGUUGAUGAGCUUUCCAAAUUGGCCAAGUUUAAGCAAGAGGAUGUUGGGCCUUAAUUACUCAUGAGACAUGAAACUCCCUAUAGUAAUUUUGUGACCUUACAAAAUCUCUAAAAAAGGCUGUUAAUAUACAGGCUAUUUGGAGACGUGGUCUUGUUCGACGACCCGUCACAUUAGACAAUAACCUCCACUCACCGCCGGUGGGCCGUGCGCAGGUAGGGGAAAAGAAAAUGAAAUGCAGCCUAAUUAGCUUUUGAAUAUGAGUUUUCGUUGUAAAUAGCCUUUGCCAUAAACUAUAAAUAAGUUUAAUUUUACUUUUGCAAAAUAC